AUGUCACUGGUGCAGCAUGUUUCCGCUAUUGACGGUAUUGAUCGCGAACUUGAACCAGACCUAGUCGAUGACUGCGAUUUCGUUCCCAUUCGCCGGAAAAUCAGCUACGAUGUCAUCCAGCCUCCGAGCGACGCGAUCCCGGUCGCAGAAACGCGCCCUGGAACACCAGCGUACAAACAUUCCACCACAAAGAGAAUUGCCCAGGUUGCUGUCACCGUGAUCGCGUGUUGGAGUGCGUCGGGAAUCGUUUUUGGCUUCGCGGCGCUCAAGCCUGUCCUCGUCGAGGAAGGCGUUUACCAUGAACGUUGCACUCCUGCUGAAAAGGUUGAAGGGCUUGAGCUUUGCGCACAGCAGGACCUUGGACUCAACCUGUUCUUCACUAUUGCUUCGAUAACAGCAAAUGUCUCCGCUCUGCCAGUUGGGACAGUUUUGGAUCGAUGCGGAUCACGUAUCUGCUGGUUCAUUGCUUGCCUGCUUCUUGCCAUCGGCGCUGUCAUCAUGGCCUUUGCGUUCCAUGAACCCGGCUUCGAUGGCUACAUCGCGGGGAACUUCUUCCUCGCUCUGGCUGGCACCUUUUUAUUUGUCCCCUCGUUCCAAAUUGCAAAUGCGUUCCCUAAAUAUGCAGGUUCGAUCGUCGCGCUGGUGACUGGUGCAUUCGAUGCCUCUGCUGCUGUGUUCCUCUUCUACCGGCUCGUCUAUGAGAAAUCGGGCAGAUCCUUCACCCCGGACAAAUUCUUUUUGGGCUAUCUGAUAGUCCCCGUAUGUAUUUUCAUCGCGCUGGUGACGAUCAUGCCAGUGCGCGAUUAUGUCUCGACUCUAAACUUGCAGAGCAAGUUAGAAAAGGCCGAAGACGCUACACGCGACGUCCACGACUCCGACGAUGAAAUUGAGAGCACGUCGGAGCUAAACCGGGUGAGGAAACGUCGGGCGGAGCGGAGAAAGAAAAAGCUUCGCCAGAUCGAUGCGGUGCUUGGUGAUAGAGAUGAAAGGCAGAUGCGUGCGGAACGAGAAGAAGAUCGCCAGCAGACGAGUUGGGUGUGGGGUGUGUUGCAUGGCCUGCCGGCACAUAAACAGAUGGCAACGCCGUGGUUUAUCCUGAUUACACUGAUGACUGUUUUGCAAAUGAUUCGCAUGAACUACUUUAUUGCCACGAUUCGCUCGCAGUAUGAGUACAUGCUCGAAUCGAUCGAGGAGGCAAAUAAAAUAGGUGCCUUUUUCGACGUCGCACUACCGGUCGGGGGCGUUCUCUUCACGCCGGUGAUCGGCUUUCUGCUUGAUCGCCUUAGCGUUCCAACGAUGCUGGGGCUGAUUGUGCUUUUCACUACGGUCAUUGGUGUACUGAACUCCAUCCCGGCAGUUUGGGCUGGUUAUAUGACCGUUUUGCUGUUUGUCUUGCUCCGGCCUCUCUAUUACUCGGCCAUGUCUGAUUAUACUACAAAAGUAUUCGGCUUUGCCACAUUUGGGCGUGUGUACGGUGCCAUUAUUUGCCUCUCCGGAAUCGCAAACUUCUCUCAGUACGGGCUCGACGCAUUGACGCAUCAUACGUUUGAUGGAAACCCAAUUCCAAUCAAUGUUGUCUUGGCAAUCGCGGGAUUCAUUGUUGGAACAUCACUCGUAAUCUUUGUUUUCGUGUCUGUGAGGCAGCUGAGGGAGAAGGGUCGGGUGGAUGAGGAAGAACGUGAGAGACUCCUUUUAGAAGAGGAUGAAGAAGAGGACGAAUACGAGGAUGAUGGAAGCUACCUUUAA